GUCCGGUAGGUGUCGCUUUUAUCUGUAAUUGUAAUCCACUCCUAAGCUCAAGGGGGAAGAAGAAACUGCGACGCGUCUGUUUCCACCGAGUCAACUCUCUGAUAGGAGUGUCUGACUAAUGAAGUUCUAAUUUAACAACUGAGAUAAAUAAAAUUGUGUCGUGAUUUAGUGACGGUUUAUUUUUCCUACAUAUCUGAGAGCUGUAGUCGAUGUUACUUCAGUGGGUUGUGUUGUUUUGACGGGAACUGAGGGAUUUUGCUACUGUUUUGUCCCGACCACCGUGUCCUCUUACCAGACCUGAUCCCGCGGUGACAUGAAGCUCUACAGCCUCAGCGUCCUCUACAAAGGAGCGACCAAAGCCAACCUGCUCAAAGCGGCCUAUGACCUGUCCUCCUUCAGCUUCUUUCAGCGCUCCAGUGUUCAGGAGUUCAUGACCUUCACCAGUGCCUUGAUUGCAGAGCGAACAUCUGUCGGAACCCGUGCCUCAGUCAAAGAGCAAGAGUAUCUUUGCCAUGUGUAUGUGAGAAACGACAAUCUGAGUGCCGUGGUGAUCUCAGACUCUGAAUACCCACAGAGGGUCUGCUUCACUCUGCUCGACAAGGUAUUAGAAGAGUUUUCCAGGCAAGUGGACAGUAUAGACUGGCCGUCUGGUAAUCCUGACACUGUAAACUACAAAGGUCUGGACAUUCACCUUUCGAAAUACCAGAACCCUAGGGAAGCAGACGCCAUGACCAAAGUACAAGCAGAGCUGGAUGAGACAAAGAUCAUUUUGCACAACACCAUGGAGAGUCUGCUGGAAAGAGGAGAGAAACUGGAUGAUCUCGUGUCAAAGUCGGAGCACCUGGGAAACCAGUCUAAAGCCUUCUACAAGACUGCACGGAAACAGAACUCCUGCUGUGAAAUCAUGUGAUGUUGGCGCCUCGUCCUUGUGGAAACGUUUCUCUGGCUUUCUGCUUUUCCUACAACCCCCAUCAUGCACCAGCGACGCGCUCUCCACCAGGACGCUGUGUCAAUCCCAGAUGGGGAGCAGAAAAAACGGUGGCCGCUUUUAAACUGGACCUCUAUGUGAUGGGUGCUGAAGGACUGAAGGCGUUUAGUGGGAGGAAGUAACAGUUUUGAAUCAUGCUUCAGACCUUAUCAAAGGUGAAACAUCUGUGUGGCGACUCUGACCAGCUGAGAAUAUUUUAGCGUGACGUUAAGUACUGCCGGUGUGUCGUUAGAACGUCUUCAAACCAUCUAAUGUUAUUCAAGUUGAAUCUAAACUUAAUAUCUUGAUCUCUUAAACUUAUUGACAGAGUAUUAACCACACGUGUGCUUUUGCUUCAAAGCAACUGACAAUCUCAUAUAUUCAACAUGUCAAAACUGGGUUCCUUGUAGCUAGAUGCAUAUAUGUCCAACAGGGGGCGCUAUCUUUAUGUACUAUAAUCUCAAUUAGACUCUGAAAGACACAAUAUUAUAACUUUUCAGACUUUUAUGUAAAAUUUUAAGCAUCUUUGCAUUGCUACAUUUAGUUGCUUUGUUGCCUUUGUCUGUCUGAUGUUAAAUGAAGUCUUCAACAUUCCUGCCUUGGCUGAUUGUGUUGUGUGAUGAGACUUAAAGCUGAAGAGGAGUAGAAGAUUUGGUGUCAGAUAUAUUAAAAAUCCCUAAGCAUGUUAUUUAUUCUGAUAUCCAAAACACACACGUGACCUGAACAGAGUUUUGCCCGCUCAGAAACAGCUGCACUCGUCUUCUGUUCCUCUCGAAACACGGAUCGCCCCCACAGGAGCCCACCCCUGUCUGGGUGGGUUUUAGUCACCCCACUUCUGACUUUUUCUUACAGCGAGCACCGUUUGCUUCAUAUUUAUGUUGAAUUGAGUGGAAAAAGGAUUUCUGAUGAAACUCUGCCUUCAGAUCUGUGUUUCAGAUGUUUCUCUGCUCUCAUUGUGUCCAUUUGUGAUCCAACAUACAGCUGCAGCCUGUGUAGAUUCUGAGUGCCUGUGUGUUUCUGUGUGUUGAGAAGCUUGUGCCGUCUGUUGCUCUUUCUGCUUUUACAGUGUAAACUUUGGUGCAAUAUCUGCAAACUGUUGCAGUGUGUCUCUUUUGCAGUGCAGAGAAAAGCUCAAAAUGUUUCUCACAACGGACACUUGAUUAAACUUUGAUAAGCUUUACUUUUGACUAAGGUUGACGAGAGGCUUGUCCAGUGACUUUCUUGUUUUGUUUUUCCAGAUCUUUGACUUAGUCUUUUGAAAAUGUUUUUCUGGUGUUAUGCUGUACGCUCCGGUCCAGUGGCCGCUGUGUUGGUUUAAAUGGUUUGCAUUAAAUGUUUUGAUCCAAAUGUGAGCUUCACUUUUAAAAUCAAAUGAUCAGCUGUCAUUCUCUGUCUUUAUUGGUACUAGUUUAUUGCAUCGUGAGCUUGUUCGGGUUCUUUAUAGAGCAUUUAUUCAUGCUCAGAUAAAAAUCAAAAUGCCUGUUGUGUCGCUUCUUUUCAUUUGUAAAAGCAUUAAAUAUAUUUAUCCACAGUUGGAGGAAAUCAGGCCAAAUUUGGGGAGCCAUUCUGUCCUGAUCCUGGAUGGAGAAGCUGCUAACUUGCUGUGAGAAAUGCAUUAUACUGGAAGAAAUUAGAGAAUGAGCAGUUUACAGAUGCAGGUGCUUUAAAAGAGGAGACGUAUUUUAAUUUAUCGGACUGUUGCCUAGUAAUUUUUAUUUAAACAUGCCGCUUUAAAGCAUUUAUUUAAGAGAUUAGAGGAUCCAAUUGGCUUAAUUUAUAAUUUUUUUUUCUUUUGCCUAUUCGUCCAGACAACAAAAAACAUGCCCUUUUUUGUUGUGCUAAUAAAACAUUUCUCUUAAAAAAUGAAAAAAUAAAUAAAUAUGUUUCUCAACUCCCUCAUAUUUAUCAAAAUAAAAAUGUGGCCCUAAAAUUUAACUAAUGUAAAUAAAGAAAACUGUUGGCUCUUAUUUGGCAAUGAAAUUCAAGUAAACGUAAUGAAAAGCUCCUCUACUAAGGUUUUAUACUAUUUAUAAAACCUUAGUAGUUUACAUAAAUACUUUUGGUAAGCUCUAAAAUUUGGUUAGCAAUAUUUAAAAGAGAAGCAAACAAGACAUUUUGUAUCAUUGUGAAAAGAAAAAAAUCUCCGGUGUAAUUUAACCAAUAAAUAACCAUUAUUUUUAGAAGUUUCAUUAUUCCUCAUUGUUUCAGUCUUAGUAUUUUUUUAUUAUUUAUUCUGAAUAUUUGUAUAAAUUCUUUCUGCCAAAUGAAUGAAGUCCAUUUCCCCCCCUCAGCGCAGAUUUAAAAUAUAGGUAAAAUAUCCAAAUGUGAGCUUCACAACACAUUAGUACUUAUGUACUAAUGUACACUGCAUGUCCUAAUGUGUUGUUUUAAACCACUGCAGGAUUUUAACUUGAAGUUUCCGAAAUUUAGUCUUAUGAAGAAUUGUAAAAUGCGAGUUUGAAGGAGGUCCGUGAAUGCAUCACCAAACACGCGUUGAGUAUCGCAGCUGAACUGAAGAAAGCAAUGAGCAGUUCAGCAGUUUGAACUUGUAUCUCUGAAAUGUGGAUAAAGAUGGAAAAUAAAAGCUCGGCUAUCAACCACCAAACUUUCAUCUCAAAGUUUAAAGCUCUGAUUGAGACAACAGGUGCUGUUGACCAGAAAAUUGCCACCAGCGAUUGUCUCUGUCCUGCAUGGAAUCACUGCCCUACUGUUUUGUUUACUCAAAGCAGAAUAUUUUUUGCUGCAUUUCAGAUGGUUGACCCAAAUCCGAGAGAAGAGCUUUUAAAUUUAAAUGUUUCCAGUGCAGCUGCUACUCAUCCGUCCAACACAAAGGAUUCUUUAACAAGGACCAACGGGAUCAUACCUGGUGCAAUCGCAGCCUCCGUGUUCAUUGCCUUUUUGCUCGCUCUCUACACCGUUCUCUGGAAAUGCAUGACGUUGCCACCGCAACG